AGCCACGCCUCCUUUCGCGGAGUGAGGGGAAGCCUUUCAGAGGGCAAGGAAUGGCGUCGGCAAUGGCGGCUCGGGCGGAAACGGGACCCGGAGAGGAAGGUUCCGGGGGGCAGCUCUCCCAGGUUAAGGCUUCGGAGGCUUCGGCGUUGGUCGAAAGGAGCCCAACGGAGUUUCAACUGGCUCCCGCCGCUCGGAAGGCUCGGCCCUCGGACCUGGUGGCUCUGGCGGAGCAAGUGGAGAAGGCUGACGAUUUUGUUAGAGCAAAUGCGUGCAACAGGUUGACCGUCAUAGCGGAACAAAUCCGGUACUUGCAAGAGCAAGCCAAGAAGGUCCUGGAGGAGGCGAGCCGAGACGCCGAUCUGCACCAUGUGGCCUGCAACUUUGUGAAGAAGCCGGGCAACGUCUAUUACCUGUACAAGCGGGGAAACGGCCAGCGCUACUUUUCCAUGCUUUCGCCAAAGGAAUGGGGGGCCAGCUGCCCAAGCGAGUUCCUCGGUGCGUUCAAGCUGCAGCAUGACAUGUCCUGGACUCCUUCGGACGACAUCGAGAAGCGCGACGCAGAGUUGAACGUCUUGGAGAAGUUGCUGAACCAGCAGGCCGCCUUGCCCCCCUGCAGUGAACCCAACUUCCGGGGCCUGACCAUGUAAACUGCGCAUGCGCGGAGCACUUUGUGGAAGGUGAUGCCAUCUUUGUCCCUUCUCCUUGCAACUCUAUUCCCACCAGAAGAAAGAAAAUGAAAUGACAAGACUGAAACGAGGGCUCCUUUGGCUUUUAUGAUUGCCUUCCGGAAACCUUUGGACGGCUCCUAAUGUCUGAACUGCAUCUGCUUUGAACGAACCUGGCUUUAGGGUUUGCAGUUAUGUUAUGAACCUUAGGCACAAUCCAGAAAGAAAAGGGGCAUCCUCUGUUUUUGAAGGUCCCCACAGAGUAAACCAAGCUGAGCUUUA